AUGGAAACAAUGGCGUUUUCGUUAUCUUACAUGAUCUACGAUCUCAUUUGUAGUCACUUUGAUCAAGUCCUUAGCAUUGAUAAUGCUGUUCAUCAUUCUGUCUGCAUUCUUGGUUUUGUAGCUGGACUUUUCUACCGAAAGUGCGCAUCUGAGAUGGUUGCAGCAAUUUGGAUUACAGAGAUCUCAAGUCCAUUCCUUCACCUCAGGGAGAUUCUUAAAGAAAUUGGUUACAAGGACACCGAUAUCAAUCUUGCUGCCGAUGUGUGUUUUGCAACAAUUUUCUCACUAGCGAGAAUGGUGGGUGGACCUUACCUCGUGUACGUCACGAUAACUGCUGAUAAUCCCAUCCUAAUCCAGGCAAUGGCGUUGGGAUUACAACUCGUUAGCGCAUUCUGGUUUUACAAAAUACUCAAGAUGAUGAGAUACAAAAUUAUGAAAGGAUAAAAGCCCGAUAAAAGAUCUAACUAGUUAAAGUUAAUAUAUUAUUAUGUUGAUUAUAAUAUUGGUAAAUUCUGAUUUGUUUGUCAAUUUAAGAAUAUUU